AUGGCGAUUGCCGCGCCUGGCCCUGGAGUGUACACCAUCCUGACUCCAGACGACGACGACUACGACGAGGACGCCGCGGUGGCGGCCGACAUCAUUGAGGCGGAGCGGCUGCCCCAGGGCACGCAGGGUGGUGUGCCGCCGCUGGUCGGCGGCGCGGCCGUCCCAGCCCCGGUCUACCGUUUUCGCGCUCUGCCCCUGCCGGCUCGGCUUGUGGGUGCGAGGGCCGCGGGAGCCGCGCGGCUGGGCUUCGCCUUGCCGGCCGAGCCCUUCGCGCUGAACACGGUUGGGCGGCCGCUCUCGGUGGGGCCCGGCACGCCCGUGCAGGCGGGUGGCCUCGACGAGGGCGGGUUCUUCGUUGUCAGGUACAACAUCCCCGGACCAGUCCUGUGGCACGAGAGGGUCGUGGUCUUCAAGCCGGGCCCGCCGCCCGUGGGCGCGCCGCGGCCCAGCUCGCGCCGGUCGCAGCGGUCGCACCUGCUGGGGCCCUGGCGGGUGGCGCCGCCGCGGGCGUUGCCGCCGCUGGCCCCGCUGGAGGGGCUGCAGGAGCCGGAGCGGCGGCCGGAGCAGCUCUGGCGGCCGCACCCCUCGUGGCGGCCCCUGGAGGAGGCCUCGCGGUGGCGGCUGGCGCUGCGCCUGGUCGCGGUGGCGAUGCUGGGGCCCCCGUCUUCGACUUGCGCGUGCAGGUCAUCGCGGUCGACUCAGGGGGUGCGAUAUCGUGAGUUCAGGGCUGCCGUCACCACGUCCACGGUCACGCCGUUCGCGGAUUGGCCCGUGCGCGGGCCGCGCACCCUCCUCUGGGUCAGCAAGUUCAUCGUGGCCAACGGCGGCUCGCCAGUAGCCAGGCACAACCGAUGGAAGGCGGAGGCCCGCCUCAGCGGCUCAGAGCCUGGGGUGGAGAAGCACCUCCGCGUGUGCAUGGCUUUGGAGACGGUUGAAGGCCACAAGGUGGGACCAGGGACCGUACUCGAACCCGUUCUCACAAUCCUUCCCAUGGGGUGGAGUUGGGCCAUGCGCAUCGCCCAGUCCGCACUGCUGAACGCCCUGGGCGACGCCGGCAUCGAUGGGUCGGACCUGGUCGUGGACGGCAACCCGGCCUCCCCGAUCGACGAUGUCAAGGGUGUGCGAGUCGCGGGUUACGUCGACAACUUCGUUGUUUUCGGCCGGAGCCCCGACACCGUGGAUUCGACCGUGCCCCGAAUUCGCUCCACCCUCGAGGCCAACGGCCUCGUCGUCCACGAGCUGGAAUCCGCCUCUAAAGACGCCUCCUUCCUGGGGUUGGAGCUCAAUUCGGGCCAGAGGCUCUCUAUCCGUCGACGAGGUGGCCUCGCUGACAGUGAUAGGGGCCCCGUUUACCCGGAGGGAGUUGCCCGACGUUUCGACGAGGUCCCUGAGGAGCUCAUGGACCCCGACAGUUGGGCCCGCAUCGCUACCUGCCAGGUGUCGGUCGGCACCGACAUCCUAGCUCUGGAGGGGGAGGCUCUCAUCCUCGCCAUGCGCCGCGCCUUACGCAGCGAGAGCGCCCUCGGUCGUCGUCUUCUGUUCAUCGUCGACAAUCUUCCGUUGGCCAUGGGUGCCGCCAAGGGUCGGGCCAGAUCGAAGUUCCUCAAGCCUUGCCUGACGAAGCUCGCGUGUCUGUCGCUGGUCACUGGAUCUCGCUACAAGCACCAGCCGCUGUGGAUGCCCCGCGCCCGCCCGGAACCUGGGCGACUGCAGGCGGCGAGCCGAUCGGGGAGCAGGUCUACCUUCCUGAAGGCCUUCCGCGCCUCGGCGGCCUCGGCAGCGGUGCGGGGGCGGCCCCCGCUCGGGGGGCUCUCCUCUCUGGAGCGGCUUGCCAUCCGUCCUUCCUCGGAGACCCUCUACAGAUCGCUGGUGAAGGGUUUCCAGGACCACUGCCUAGGGCUGGCGCUGGACUGGCACGAGCGGCCCACCCUCGACGGCCUCCUGGUCGAUUUCUUCAACGGCCUGCACCUGGAGGGACUGGGGCCCGACGUCGGCAGCGGCACGCUGGCGGCCUUGGCGCACUUCCUGCCGGGGUUGGGACGCUCGGGGGCUACGCUGCUCCCUCGAGCCUCCCGAGCGGUGCUGGGCUGGAGGCGCCGCGCCCCACCGUUCACGCGGCUGCCCAUGCCGCGGGCGGCCAUGGGCGCGAUCGUCGGCUACCUGAUCCACCGCGGCCUCCUGCGGGCUGCCUUGCUGACCGCCGUCGCCCACGUGUGCUACCUGAGGCCGCAGGAGAUGAUGCAAGUGCGAGCUCGUCACCUCAUUGCCCCCGCGGUGAUGGCGGGGCCCGCGUACCAGUACCGGUCCAUCCUUCUGCGCGACUCCGCUCUCCUGCAGGCGGGGAAGACCGGAGUGUACGACGACGCCGUGGUCAUCGACAUGGACGCGUGGCUGUGCCCGGCGCUGGCCUGCGCGCGGGCGACGCUCAAACCCGACGACCUCAUCAUGGACCUGAGCUUCGUGGAGUACCGGCGGGUGUUCAUCGAGGGCGCCGUGCUCAUGGGGCUGGGCCCGCUCGAGCCGCACCCCUGCCAGCUGCGGCGCGGCGGGGCAUCGGAGGACCUGACUCUGGGCCGCCGCUCGGCCGAGCAGGUUCGCCUCCGCGGGAGGUGGGCCACCUUCGUGUCCGUGAAGAGAUACGCCAAGGACGCAAGGCUGCUCGACACCCUCAGCUCAGUGGCGCCCGAGGUGUUCAUCUACGGCAACCUCGUGCUGAACUCCUUGUCGGAGCUGCUGCGCAACGGCAGCGGCCUGCCCGCGGGCGCGCCGCCCCUCGCCGCGGCGGCGCUGACGCACGGGCUGCCUGAGGUAGUCCAAUACCUCAAGGGCGCCCUGGCCUCCGAGCUGCGCCAGGCGGCCCGCCUCCGUCGCUUCGCAUUCUUGGAGCUGUUCGCAGGAUCAGGCCAGCUUGGUAGGGCCCUCAGGGCUGCAGGGCACGCAUGUGUGUCUCUGGACAUCAACAACGGGCCCUUGGAGAACCACCUCAGUCCGGCCUUCUGGAGUACUGUUCGUGGGUGGCUCCAGGGUAGGGUGUUGGUGGGCGUCUGGUUGGGCACUCCGUGCGCUACGUGGUCUCGGGCUCUGCGCAAACUUCUCAGGACCAUCCAGGCCCCGAUGGGCCUUGCUGACCUCAACAAGUCUGAGCUCGCUAGGCUUCAGGUAGGAAACGACACGUUCGAGCUCUCCGUACACGUCAUCAGGGCUAGAGUAUAG